CGCUGCCGCCGAAGUCGAUCUCGGAUCCGCGAGCGCCACCAGGGCAGCAGCCGCCGCAGCCGCCGCCGCUGAGCUGAGGAGCCGGAGACGCGGGCGGACGAGGUGGCGGCGGCGGCGGAGCAGGAGAGGGGAACGGACGCGGGCGGAGCGCGGCGGCGCGGGUGUAAUCCAGAGAACAGUUUUCAAACAUCUUUGCUUACUUUUGACACUGAGCAGUUGGGAUUUAGGCAUAUGAGGAGGUACUGUCACACAAAACAGUGUCUAGUGAAGACGACAAGAAAGAGAGAAAAGGAUCGGAAAAAGAAGCUAAAAUUCCAUAGGAAACCAUGAGAUCUAUUAGAUCUUUUGCCAAUGACGAUCGCCAUGUUAUGGUGAAACAUUCAGCAAUCUAUCCAUCUCCGGAGGAGCUUGAAGCUGUUCAGAAUAUGGUGUCUACUGUUGAAUGUGCUCUUAAACAUGUCUCAGACUGGCUGGACGAGAAUAAAGGCACAAAAACUGAUGGGGAGACAGAAGUAAAGAAAGAUGAGGCUGUGGAAAACUAUUCCAAGGAUCAAGGUGGCCGGACAUUGUGUGGUGUAAUGAGGAUUGGCUUGGUUGCAAAAGGCUUGCUGAUUAAAGAUGAUAUGGACCUCGAGCUAGUUUUAAUGUGCAAAGACAAACCCACGGAAACCCUGCUAAAUACAGUCAAAGAUAACCUUCCUGUUCAAAUUCAGAAACUGACAGAAGAGAAAUACCAAGUGGAACAAUGUAUAAGUGAAGCUUCCAUUAUAAUUCGGAACACAAAAGAGCCCACACUGACUUUGAAGGUGAUACUUACUUCUCCUCUAAUUAGGGACGAAUUGGAGAAGAAAGAUGGAGAAAAUGUUAUGAUGAAAGACCCUCCGGACUUACUGGACAGGCAGAAAUGCCUGAAUGCCUUGGCUUCUCUGCGACAUGCCAAAUGGUUUCAGGCAAGGGCAAAUGGAUUAAAAUCAUGUGUAAUUGUCCUCCGCAUUCUGCGUGAUUUGUGCAACAGAGUACCCACAUGGGCGCCGUUGAAAGGAUGGCCACUAGAGCUUAUAUGUGAAAAGUCUAUAGGUACUUGUAAUAGACCUUUGGGCGCUGGGGAGGCCUUGAGACGAGUAAUGGAGUGUUUGGCAUCUGGAAUACUACUUCCUGGGGGUCCUGGCCUUCAUGAUCCUUGUGAGCGAGACCCAACAGAUGCUCUGAGCUAUAUGACCACUCAGCAAAAAGAAGAAAUCACUCAUAGUGCACAGCAUGCACUUAGACUAUCAGCCUUUGGCCAGAUUUAUAAAGUGUUGGAAAUGGACCCCCUUCCAUCCAGUAAACCUUUUCAGAAGUAUUCCUGGUCAGUUAGUGAUAAAGAAGGUGUUGGAUCUUCAGCUCUAAAGAGGCCAUUUGAAGAUGGAUUAGGGGAUGAUAAAGAUCCCAAUAAGAAGAUGAAACGAAACUUAAGGAAAAUUCUGGACAGUAAAGCAAUAGACCUUAUGAAUGCACUAAUGAGAUUAAAUCAGAUCAGGCCUGGGCUUCAAUAUAAGCUUUUGUCACAAUCUGGCCCGGUCCAUGCCCCAGUCUUCACAAUGUCUGUAGAUGUGGAUGGUACAACAUAUGAAGCCUCAGGACCAUCUAAGAAAACAGCAAAACUUCAUGUAGCAGUGAAGGUUUUACAGGCAAUGGGAUACCCAACAGGUUUUGAUGCAGAUAUUGAAUGUAUGAGCUCCGAUGAAAAAUCAGAUAAUGAAAGCAAAAAUGAAACAGUAUCUUCAAAUUCAAGCAAUAAUACUGGAAAUUCUACAACUGAGACCUCCAGUACCUUAGAGGUAAGAACUCAGGGUCCUAUUCUCACAGCAAGUGGCAAAAACCCUGUAAUGGAACUCAAUGAAAAGAGGAGAGGUCUCAAGUAUGAGCUCAUCUCGGAGACUGGUGGAAGCCAUGACAAGCGCUUUGUAAUGGAGGUAGAAGUAGAUGGCCAGAAAUUUAGAGGUGCAGGUCCAAACAAGAAAGUGGCCAAGGCAAGUGCAGCACUAGCUGCUCUGGAGAAGCUGUUUUCUGGACCCAAUGCAGCAAAUAAUAAGAAAAAGAAGAUCAUUCCUCAGGCAAAGGGUGUUGUGAAUACGGCAGUAUCUGCAGCAGUGCAGGCAGUUCGGGGCAGAGGAAGAGGAACUCUGACAAGGGGAGCAUUCGUGGGGGCUACAGCAGCUCCUGGCUAUAUAGCUCCAGGUUAUGGAACACCAUAUGGUUACAGCACAGCUGCUCCUGCAUAUGGUUUGCCCAAGAGAAUGGUUCUGUUACCCGUUAUGAAAUUCCCAACAUAUCCUGUUCCCCACUACUCAUUCUUUUAGCAAAUGACAGAAGCUCAUUCCUAUUGAACAACAGUACAGUACAAUGCAGAAUGUUAGAGAAAAAGCCUUUUUAUCCUGCUUUCUUUGAACACAUACUUGAUCAAAUCAUUUGUAAAGAACAUCUUUCCUACUUUUUGAUUUUAACAAAUGCAAAUUUAGUUCUCUAAAACUUGAAAACAAAAAGAAACCAGUUCUGUGAAACGGUACCUCAUUCCUGGAAAUAAUUUAUACCAGCCCCUUCGUUGUAGGGAAGUCUAGCAGCUCAAAGUUGACGUUCUCAGAGUAUCAGAUUAUGUAAAGUUAAAUUUGUGAAGGAUGUAUAGAGUCUCAACACUGAUCACAAAUAAACUGCUUUGUUGUAACACAAGAGUACUGCCUGGUUCCUGAUGCAGUCACUGAUUCAUAGCUGACUAAUGUGCUUGCCCCAGGGCACUUUAAUUUGGGCUGUAGUUAAUUUUUUUUCAAAUACAGUAGAAACUUUUCAUUUAAAACUUAACUUUGUAAAUAAUGAAGUGUGUAAUUAAAACCAAUAAAAUAUGGGUUUGAAUAUUGUUUUAGCUUAUUAUUUUUGAUAUGUUUUGGUAUAAAAUUUCAAGGAAUUGCAAACUAAUAAUAACCCUAGAAACCCAUUCAUUAUUUGUAAGCAAGCUGCUAAAACACAGCCAAGAUGAUUGUUAGUCCUACUCAGUCUACUCUACUCUGUAAGCUCUUGUACUCCAGUGUACAGAGCAUCCCCAUGAUAAGGUCACAUUCUGUUGUCUCAGCACUGCUUUAUUCAAAUGAUGGCACUACUCAAAGAUGGGGAAGGAAGAUUGUGAAUAUUUUAGUUUACGAAUUUCCAAGUUAAAAGAAUAAAUUAAUCAAUCACCCUCUUUUGUUCUUGUGGCCUUCUUCACUCUGUAAGACUCUUCACUCCUUGGCUUUUUCAUGAAGAUAGACAAUUAGCAGUUUUUCUGGGAUUCCUUGAAGGGUCUCCUUUCCUCUUCAAUGAUAUCAGAAUCUAAAGCAGCAACAGGAUCCCCAUAAAAACUCGCUCUCCGAUUGUCCCAGUUCUUGUUGAGUGCUGCUGUGAAAAGUGACAGGUUUCAGCCAUGGGUCAGCAUUUACUUUUAAGACACCUGGUUACACUGGUGGAAACUGAGUCAGUAACAUUGUGCUGUUCUGUGAAGGGUGCAGACCCAAGUCUUCACUUGCAUUCUCACCUUGUUUGGAAAGCUGAUGAUGUUACUAGAAGGUAAUGGUUUCAUUAAGGUAUUCACCCCCAUUCAAAUGACAGUGUCGUCCUCUGCAGACAUUUACAACCCACUGUGGCUUAAAGAUGACUCAGUAGGAAAUAACUACUUUUCUGCUAAAUUCCUUUUCAAAACCAAGAGGUGCCUAUUAUUUUAAGUGGUCUUUACUAACUUUGGAAGCAAGGGCGAGAUGAGCAGGAAGGCACAAGUGCGGCACCACUGCUCAGACGUGUACUGCACAGUCAUCUGUUCCUUCCUUGACCCUUUGUUUCUGCUAGUGGUGGGUGAUACUUUAAUAAAACCUUGUCACUUGGCUGGAAAUAGCUUUAACUUGUCAUUCUCAUCAUGUGUGUUAGUGGCAAGAUGUAAUCGAGCAGGGCCCCUUUCAGCUGGGAGUUUUCAUGUUCAUUGAUUUGUUUUGCUGACCUAUGGAUGAAACAGAGCCAUCACUGAGAAGAAGAAGCAUGGCUGCUAAUGUCCAGUUCUUAUUAAUUAAAUAUUUACAGUGGUCCUCUGUUUUUUGAAACACUAUUAAUUGGCAGUUGCAGUUGUAUUAUUUGAAAUUGAUCAUCAAAUUUGGACUCUAGGCUGGAAUCUCCCUGGAGAUUUCUCUUAAGAAAAUAUUUUUGCAGUCUCUGACUCUGCUUCAUAACUCACCCUCCUCUCUGAUGGGAGAGGGAGCUGUGCUGUUCUCCAACAUGAUGGCCGUCAUUUCAAAUGGUUUCUACCAAGUCUUCCCCCUUCUUAAUUUGUUGUUUGUUGGAAGUUACUAACCAUGUUGUAAACCUGCCAAGUUGCUGCAAACUUUUACAUUUCUCUGCUUUACUUAAAACAAUGGAGCUGUCAACCUUAUGUUAGAAGUGGUAACCAUGCAAGUUCAACUGUUUAAAUCUGUAAUGAAUUAAGUGUCCUCCCACCUUUUGCUCUUCCCACCCUUCAUUUUGUAAUGAAAAUUCCACUUACAGCUGAAAGAGCAGAGAAAUAUAAAUGAAGCUCUUAGCUUCGUCCAGUUGUGUGAGAUUAACAUAAAGCUCUGCUUCUCUGCUCUUUUCUC